AGGAAUCCGCGUGGUUACUGUGUUGGUAUCUCAGUCAGUGAAGUGAAAAACUAUUGAAUACGGGAAAAUGACCGGUGAAAAAGAUGUAAAUCGGCAAAGAAGCAAUAAAGUAAAAAGAGAUGAAUCAGCAUCUAGAGAAGUUCAAGUGCAGCGGUUGGAAGAGGAGGAUGAACUCUCUCUUUUUAAUAAUCCAGACGUAGAAGGUGAUGACAGUGAAGAUGAUUUGACAGACAGUGAGGAAAGUGUUUACUCUGGAUUGGAAGAUUCGGGGAGUGACUCUACUGCUGAUGAUAUCAGUGGUGAUAAUGAUGAAGAUGAAGCAGUUGAGGAAGAUGGAGUUGCUUCUGACUCAAGUGCUGGAGAAGCUGCCAAUAUUGUUGAUAAUGACAGUGACAGUGGUGUUGAAGAAAAAACUUUGCCAAAACAGAAGAGCUUGGACAGUCUGCAAAAGUCAAAACUAAAAGUUGACCAGGCUCAACCAGUGAAGAUGAAAGAGAAAAAAAACAAGGGUUCUAAAAGAGGAAGUGGUGCUUCUUUGCAACAGGAGCCAAAAGAAGACGCAUUGGAUAAGGAGGCUUACCAACCUCGCCAAAAGAAGGCAAGCAAGAAGAGGAGCAAGGAUUCUGAAAGUGCUAGUGCUGCUAACAAGGAAAAUGUUCAAGAGGAAUAUGAAGAAGACACGUCAGAUGAAGAGGAUAUCCGGAACACAGUUGGAAACAUUCCUAUGGAGUGGUACCAGGAUUAUCCUCACAUUGGAUAUGACCUGGAAGGCAAGAAGAUCUAUAAACCAAUAAGGAACAAGGAUGAACUGGAUGAAUUUUUGGACAAAAUGGAGAACCCUGAUUACUGGCGUACUGUCCGUGAUAAGAUGACUGGAGCCAAUAUCAAACUGACAGAUGAACAGAUAGACCUAAUCCAGCGACUGCAGAAAGGGCAGUUUGGUGAUGUCCGCUUCAAUCCUUAUGAGCCAACAAUAGAUUUCUUCACUCAUGAGAAGAUGAUUCACCCUGUAACAAAUCGGCCUGCUGAUAAACGGAGCUUCAUACCUUCACUCAUAGAGAAGGAAAAGGUGUCAAAGUUGGUCCAUGCCAUAAAAAUGGGAUGGAUUAAGCCCCGAAAACCAAAGGAUGACACUCCCAAAUUCUAUGAUCUGUGGGCCAAGGAGGAUCCCAAUGCUAUCCUGGGACGACAUAAGAUGCACGUACCUGCACCAAAGCUGAGACCUCCAGGGCAUGAGGAAUCCUAUAAUCCACCUCCAGAAUACCUGCUCACAGAAGAGGAGAAACUUGCCUGGGAGCAGCAAGAUCCAGAGGAAAGGAAGCUAAACUUUAUCCCACAGAAAUAUUCUUGCCUACGAGUAGUCCCAGCCUACUCGCGCUUCAUCCAUGAACGAUUUGAGCGUUGCCUGGACCUCUACCUAUGCCCAAGGCAAAGGAAAAUGAGGGUGAAUGUGGACCCAGAAGACCUCAUUCCAAAGCUGCCAAAGCCGAAGGAUCUCCAGCCAUUCCCCACCACUCAAGCACUGGUUUAUCGUGGACACACAAACUUGGUGCGUUGCAUCAGCGUCUCCCCCAGCGGGCAGUGGCUGGCCUCUGGUUCAGAUGACUGCACUAUUCGCUUCUGGGAGGUUUGCACAGCCCGCUGUAUGAAAAUAAUUAAAGUGGAAGGAGCUGUGAAGAGCAUUGCUUGGAACCCGAAUCCCAGCCUGUGUCUAGUGGCUGUUGCAUUUGAGCAGUCUGUGGUAAUACUGAAUCCAUGCUUGGGAGACAAGUUAUUGUACAAUGCAACUGAUCAACUCAUUUCAUCAUACGCAGAGCCAGAGGAGGAGAGAGUUCAGCCUGUCCAGUGGAGUGCAGCUGAAGGAGAUGCAUAUGACAAAGGCAUCCGAAUAAUUAUUAAACAUAAUAAGGCUGUAAAGCAAGUGACUUGGCAUGGGAAGGGAGAUUACCUUGCCAGUGUGAUGCCUGACAAUGGCAACAUGCAGGUCCAUAUCCAUCAGCUGACCAAGCGCAGGAGCCAGAACCCAUUUCGCAAGUACAAAGGCAUGGUGCAGUGUGUGCUUUUCCACCCUAUAAGACCAUUCUUUUUUGUGGCAACACAACGUUAUAUCCGUGUCUACAACCUAAUCAAACAAGAGCUGACAAAGAAGCUGAUGACCAACUGCAAAUGGGUGUCCAGCAUGGCUGUACAUCCUGCAGGUGAUAAUGUAAUAUGUGGGAGUUAUGACAGCAGGCUGGCUUGGUUCGACUUAGAUCUAUCCACAAAACCAUACAGAGUACUAAGACAUCACAAGAAAGCUCUGAGAAGUGUGGCAUUUCAUAGGCAGUAUCCAUUGUUUGCAUCUGCAUCUGAUGAUGGCAGUGUUAUUGUCUGUCAUGGCAUGGUUUACAAUGAUCUUUUACAGAAUCCACUCAUUGUUCCUGUGAAAGUUCUGAAGGGACAUGAAAUCACACGAGAUUUUGGAGUACUGGAUGUAACUUUCCACCCGACACAGCCAUGGGUUUUCUCAUCUGGGGCUGAUUCCACCAUCAGGCUCUUCUCAUAAAGUCCAGGGGGCUCGCGAUAAGUCUUUGAAGGCCAGAGGAUAGCCAAAAAGUCUCCGAAAAGAUGGAACCCUGAAAUAAAGACAUUUUUGAAUUUUGUCUUUUUAAGAUUUUUAUAUUAAAUGUACAGAUAAUCAAAGCUUACAUAAAAAAAGAUGUGUGGGAAUUGUACUUUGCUUUUCUGGUUGCAUCCUUGAGUAUGGAUAUCUCUGUUGCUCCAUCUUGAUGCAUGGACUAUAGGAAGUAAAACCAAUCAGUGGCUGAUAAUUUCAGCCAUCUCAGGAAAUAGUACUCAGUCAGGUAUCAAAGCACUGUGCUGCUUCCAAUUACUGCAGGAGCUAUGAACUUAGUGCUGAAUUUGUUUCCUGAUACUGGGAUUGGUUGUUUGAAUUUGUUUCACAAUUAAAGUUUGUGGUAGUAAAAAGAG